AUGAAAGUGUCCAAAUCAACCCUUCACCGACGAAUUAAAGAAGGUGCUAUAAGGCCACACUCAAAUGCACUCAAACCACAAUUGACAGAUCAGAAUAAGCAAGUAAGGCUUAACUUUUGCUUGUCAAUGCUUGAACCAGAAAGUCUCAACAGCAAUCCAACAUUUAUGAGUAUGUUCAAUGUUGUGCAUAUUGAUGAAAAGUGGUUUUACAUGACUAAAGAAUGUGAAAAAUAUUAUCUUCAUCCUCAAGAAGAAGAACCUCUUAGGACAUGUAAGAGCAAAAAGUUCAUUGUGAAAGUUAUGUUCCUAGCUGCUGUUGCUCGACCACGUUUUGACUGCUCUGGUAACCCAACAUUUGAUGGGAAAAUUGGGAUUUUUCCUUUUGUAUUCAAAGAACCAGCAAAGAGGAGUAGUAAAAAUCGUAUGGCAGGUACAUUAGAAACUAAGCCAAUAUUGUCAGUGACCAAGGAAGUAUAUAGGAGAUGUUUAAUUGAACAGGUUUUGCCUGCAAUACAUGCUAAAUGGCCACGGGAUGGUGGUAGUGUUACUGAAAUUUUGAUCCAACAGGAUAAUGCAAAACCACAUAUUAAUCCCACUGAUCCUGUAUUUAUUGAAGCUGCUUCUAGAGAUGGAUUUGAUAUUCACUUGUCAUUUCAGCCUCCUAACAGUCCGGACAUGAAUGUUCUUGACUUGGGAUAUUUUAGAGCUAUACAAUCCUUGCAACAUCAAGAAGCACCCUUGUCAAUUGAUGAGCUAAUUCUUGCUGUGGAAAAGUCAUUUGAUCAAUUAUCAAGUGAAAGUCUAAACAAUGUUUUCUUAACAUUGCAAUCAUGUAUGGUAGAGGUGAUGAAAAAUCUUGGGGGAAAUAACUAUAAAGUGCCACACAUUGGGAAGCACCAUUUAAUGAAAGAAAGUUGUCUUCCACUGCAAAUAGAAUGUGAAAAAGAACUUGUGAAUCAAGUUCUAAGUCAUAUGCAAACGUGAUUAUCUUCAUUGGACAGAUGGUUGAAGUCAAGCAAUCCAACCCUUUUGAUUUUGUGGUACAAGCUUUUGAUUGGGCAAAGAAUAUAGAAGCACUUUUAUGUACUAGUGGUUUCUCAUUGACUGCUUUUAUUUCACUUUACAAGAUUUUAGAAUAGCUCAGUAAAGUUAGCUUGACGUUAGUAGUAGUAGUGCUGAUUUUUGUACAAAAGGGAAAAUGUGCAAUGCUGAGUGAAGCUAUGUACAUGUAUAAACAUUGAAACACUACUUUUGUUGGAGUUUUUGAAACU